CAGGGGCGCGAGGCGGCUGCAGCACGGCGGCGCCCGCGGGGUCGGAGGCGGGCAUGAGCGAGGAGGAGCAGGGCUCCGGCACUCCCACGGGCGGCGGGCUGCCCAGCCUGGAGCAAAUGCUGGCGGCCAACCUGGGCAAGACCCCGAUCAGCCUUCUGCAGGAGUAUGGGACCCGAAUAGGGAAGACGCCGGUGUACGACCUGCUCAAAGCCGAGGGCCAGGCCCACCAGCCCAACUUCACCUUCCGCGUCUCCGUCGGCGAGACCAGCUGCACCGGACAGGGCCCCAGCAAGAAAGCGGCCAAGCACAAGGCAGCUGAGGUCGCCCUCAGGCACCUGAGAGGGGGGAACAUGCUGGAGCCGGCCCUGGAGGACAGCAGUUCUUUUUCUCCCCUAGACUCGACGCUGCCGGAGGACAGCCCCGCGUUUGCUGCGGUGUUGACGGCCACUUCUGCCCCGUCCGUGGCCCUAACCAGGAGCCCCCCCAUGGAGGUGCAGCCGCCCGUGUCCCCCCAGCAGUCCGAAUGCAACCCCGUCGGCGCCCUGCAGGAGCUGGUGGUGCAGAAGGGCUGGCGGCUGCCUGAGUACACGGUGACCCAGGAGUCCGGGCCGGCCCACCGCAAGGAGUUCACCAUGACCUGCCAAGUGGAGCGCUUCGUGGAGAUCGGCAGCGGCACGUCCAAGAAGCUGGCGAAGCGGAACGCGGCGGCCAAGAUGCUGCAUCGGGUCCACACGGUGCCCCUGGACGCCCGCGAGGGGACGGAGGCCGAGCCCGACGACGACCAUUUCUCCCUCGGCGCGGGCUCCCGGCAGGACGGGCUGCGCAGCCGGGGCCCGGGCUGCACGUGGGACUCCCUGCGGAACUCGGCCGGGGAGAAGAUCCUGUCCCUGCGCAGCUGCCCCCUGGGGGCCCUGGGCGCCCUGGGCCCCGCCUGCUGCGGCGUCCUCAGCGAGCUGUCCGAGGAGCAGGCCUUCCACGUCAGCUACAUGGACAUCGAGGAGCUGAGUCAGAGCGGGCUCUGCCAGUGCCUGGUGGAGCUGUCCACGCAGCCGGCCACCGUGUGUCACGGCUCCGCAGCCACCAGGGAGGCCGCCCGCGGGGAGGCGGCGCGCCACGCCCUGCAGUACCUGAAGAUCAUGGCCGGCAGCAAGUGAAGCCCCGGCUGGACUCGCCACGCGCAUCCUGGCGCCUCUGCCCGCACGUCGGCCGAGCGCUGGCACCCACGGGGGUGCCGCUCCUACCUCUGGCCCAGACUGUCUGCCGUGCCGGCCACCGGCCCUGGAAGCAG